AUGCAAAGACUCCUCGCAACAUUAUCCUCACCGUUUUCUGGGAACAACCAACGAGGUAGAUCGACAGAACCAAUCAUCGUAUCCUCCUCCCGAGUAGUCGACUACAGGGAAAGCCGAAGCGGUCGAAAUACAGAGACCCGUCAUACACACAGAGGCAGCGAUGGUCACCUCAGCUCGAAGUCUCUCAACCUCGGCUCCCAUUAUUCUGAGGCAAGUAGAAGAUCGCAGCACGGGAGGAGGAGGCAGAGCCCUCGCCAGCAUAGGUAUAGGACACGGUCUCCCAGCUCUGAUCGGUCCAGCGAACGUUCCAGGUCCUCCACUCGAAACAGAACCUCCCGUCAUUACAGACAUCCCGCUACCUCUCGGGAUCACCAUUUACGACCACUUACACCGCCGCACCGCCAAGUUCUCAAUACCAGAGAAAAAUCAGCCGAUGUCCGGCGAUCAGCUUCACUCCCCCGACAUUCUGUACGAGAUAACGGACACAGAUCACCUAUGGAGGGCCACGGCCAUAAGGUGUUCCGUGCUCCCAGUAUACACACAGAGGCAUCUCUAUGGACAUCGGACGCACCCUCUAGAAGUUCGACUGUGGGGAUGCCAAUGCCAGAUGCACAUUAUGUUACUCCUCCAAGACCGACGUUCUACGAUCCGUACAUGGAGUACUCAUCACAUCCUCGAUACCCCCCGCCCCCUCAGUAUCCGCCGGGGCAUUAUUCUGUUGGCCAUGGUCCAGGACUUCGUCACACCUACCGCAGUCCGUCACCCCCACCGUUGCCUUCAUAUCCUGGUCCACUUCCUCGACCUAUCGAUCAUUAUCCUCAUUCGUCUGGACCCCGCUCGCGUUUCGUUUCUCACUCUCGUCCUGGACCUAAUGGACCUCCUACGUACAGAACCCCUCCACCUAUGCCUGGGCCGAUGCCCUGGGGGCAUACUACUUCCUAUGCUUCUACCGUUGUGGGUCCUGGUCCGAGAUAUUUCGAUCUUCAGGAUUUUAAUACGUUACAUGCGGGGAAUACACCCCUUCCAUCGGUGGUUGGUCUCCAGAGGGAACGAAAUUCAAAGAGGUCGUGGCAAAUUUAG